CCAACUAACAUCAUUGUCAUCUGAUAUCAUUGUCGCAAAAGGUAAAAUAGUAGGUAUCCAUUUCCUCAUCUCAUUACGUAAAUAAAAUUUAGAAAAUAUAAGUAUAAAGUGUUCAAGUCCUUUAAACAUUCUAUUAAUUUUCAGUAUAAAAUGCAGGCUAUCAAGGCUUUAGGAGCUUCUGCUCCUAAAACCGUGGUCUCACUUGUAAAAAAAGGUGCUUUUGCACCAGUUGUUGAUCAAAUUCGUCAAACCCAUUUGCCCGCACCAAAGCCAAAUGAAACUCGCCCAUACUCUCCUUUUCAAGAUGCUUCUAACAUGGCUGAAUAUGCUGUGGCGCGUUUAGAUGAUUUGUUGAACUGGGGCAGGAAGGGCUCAAUGUGGCCCAUGACAUUUGGUUUGGCUUGCUGUGCUGUAGAGAUGAUGCACAUAGCUGCCCCACGAUAUGACAUGGACAGGUAUGGAGUGGUAUUCAGGGCAUCUCCUCGUCAAUCAGAUGUCAUGAUUGUAGCUGGAACACUGACUAAUAAAAUGGCACCAGCUCUGCGAAAAGUGUAUGAUCAAAUGCCAGAUCCACGAUGGGUUAUUUCUAUGGGCAGUUGUGCUAAUGGCGGUGGAUAUUAUCAUUACUCAUAUUCAGUAGUGAGAGGAUGUGACCGCAUUGUUCCUGUUGACAUAUAUGUACCUGGUUGCCCACCUUCUGCUGAAGCCUUGCUUUAUGGAGUUCUUCAGCUACAGAAGAAAGUGAAAAGAAUGAAAACAAUUCAGAUUUGGUAUAGAAAGUAAAUCGAAAAUAAACAUAUGAAAUCGUUAGACAAAUUAUGUAUUUUUGUUAUAAUUUAACCCCUGUUAUCGUAAAUACAUCUUAGUGCAAGCAUUGAA